AUGAGUAGUGGCGGCCAAGAAGAGGCGCCCAAGGCGCCAAUUAUGAUCUCCGACAAAUUCGUCGUGGAGAAAGAGAUCGGCAAAGGUUCGUUCGCGACUGUUUACAAGGGCAGACUGGCGGCGAACCAAGAUCACAAUAAUGAUUUUAUAGCGAUCAAGGCAGUGUCGCGGUCAAAGCUCAAGAACAAGAAACUUCUAGAGAAUUUGGAGAUCGAGAUCGCGAUUCUUAAAAAGAUCAAGCACCCGCAUAUCGUUGGGCUUAUGGACUGUGAGCGGACUGGUUCCGACUUCUUUCUGAUUAUGGAGUACUGCGCCCUCGGGGACUUGACUUUUCUAAUAAAGAAGCGCGGAGGGCUCAUCGAGAAACACCCCCUUGUGCGCACUAUGUUCGAGAAAUACCCUCCACCUAGCGAGUCCCAUAAUGGAUUGAAUCGCGUCGUGGUGGUGAGCUACCUGCAGCAGCUGUCAUCAGCUUUGAUGUUUUUGAGGUCUAAGAAUUUGGUUCACAGGGACAUCAAGCCACAAAACUUGCUUCUUUCUACGCCACUAGUAGGCUACGACGACCGGGAAACAUUUCACAAAAUGGGGUACGUUGGUAUCUACAAUCUACCGAUCUUGAAGAUUGCAGAUUUUGGCUUCGCAAGAUUUUUACCCAAUACUUCGCUGGCGGAGACCUUAUGCGGUUCACCAUUAUACAUGGCGCCUGAAAUCUUGAACUAUCAAAAGUAUAAUGCGAAAGCCGACUUGUGGUCUGUGGGUACCGUACUGUACGAAAUGUGUUGUGGCAGGCCACCAUUCAAAGCAUCAAAUCACUUGGAGCUCUUCAAAAAAAUCAAGAGGGCCAACGACGUCAUAAGUUUCCCAUCGCACUGCAACAUUGAGCCUAAAAUGCGCGAGCUGAUUUGCGGCCUCUUAACUUUUGAUCCAUCUCAAAGAAUGGGGUUUAGCGAGUUUUUCGGCAACGAGAUAGUAAAUGAAGACUUGUCGCGAUAUGAAGAAGAGCACAUCCCAGAUUUAGAGAACAAAUCAAAAGAUGUGGCAGAGAGCAACAUGUUUAUCUCAGAGUACCUAACAAAGCCGACUAAGACAGUAUUCAUGGAACCAUUAAACGAGGUGAGUAAUUCCAGAAUUGAAGAGUCCAAACACAAGCCUCAUGAGGCGCCUGAUACCCGCCUAAAAUCAUACGCAAGCAAUGAAGUCGAGAAGGGCGCGAAAUCAGAUGUCAACAGCCUAGCAGUCUCGCAUGCGCACCCAAGGCAGGAUGCUUCAAUUGAAAGAGAAUAUGUUAUGGUGGAAAAGAAGAGCGUAGAAGUUAAUGCUCUCGCAGACGAGUUUGCCAAUUUGGGAGCUCGCGGAGGCCCCAGCGCGGACAGGACUCAGCCAAGUGCUAAGCUUCAACAGCAAACAGCUGUUCCGCAAUCAGCUGCAAUUCGAAAAACUUCAUCUGGCGGUGGAACGACAGCGAGGAGACCUUCCCUAGUUGAAAGAAGGCUGUCGAUUUCGUCACUAAGUCCCUCAAAUGCCCUCACAAAGGCGCUAGGCAUCGCAUCCACUCGGCUUUUUGGUAGCCAACAAAAUACAAGCUUAUCUGUGUCUCCAAAUUACAAUAACCAACCACUUUUGAGCCGACAGGUGUUCCACGAGCUUACAGAAAAUGUUGUACUUUCCGCCGAUCACCAUACAAAUUCUAUAAAGGAUAAUGAUGGCUUUGAUGUGGACAUUAUAGCAUUCCUAGAGUCCCUCGCAGCCAAGGCGUUCGUUAUCUAUUCUUUUGCUGAGGUGAAGUUCUCUCAAAUCGUGCCUCUGCCCCCUUCAUCUGUAGGCGAUCCGUUUAGUAAGAGGUCUAGCAACGGGAGCUGCGCUAUCGAAGAAGAAGAUGAAGAGCCUGAAACUGAGGGCAAUAAUGAAAGGGUAAGAGGAGGCACUCUUGAAUCAGAAAGCAUUAUGGCAAAAAUGAGAAAAAGGAGCUCUAGCGAUAACGUAGCCUUCGAUGGCGUGAUGAAGGAUCUGCCUCCCUGGGAAGUUCAGCAGCUGUGCACCGAAGCUCUAGUGUUAUACAUGAAAGCACUUUCAAUCCUUGCAAAAGCUAUGCAGACGACAUCUAGCUGGUGGUACCGGUCUCAGGAAAAGAACUGCUCGCUGAAGCUCAAUGUGCUGGUGCAAUGGUCGCGGGACAAAUUCAAUGAGUGUUUGGAAAGGGCUGAAUUCUUGAGACUCAAACUACCGCCUAUGGAUCUGCAUUCUGCCGACGAGUCAACCAUAAAGGCUUCUCAGAUCAAUGACUCAAAAGAUGGGGUCUCGAAAAGAAGCUCUUACAGUGAACUCAGCGAGCCAGUGUUUCUGGAAAAGCUAAUUUAUGAUAGGGCACUUGAAAUAUCGAAGACGGCCGCAAAGUACGAAAUGCAAGGCGAAUAUUUGAAUAAUUGCGAGCUCGCAUAUGCAACUUCUUUGUGGAUGUUAGAGAGCAUUUUGGAUAAGGAUACGGACAGCGACAACAUUGGUGAUUUUGGUUCUUGGGCUACGGAAGCCUUGGACGAAGCAGACAAACAAAUGAUCAAAAAAUACAUCGACAGCAUUGCAAAUAGGCUAAGGAUUUUACGACGGAAAAUGAACCAUUCAUGA